AAAGCAGACUCAGCGGGGCGAGUAACACUUCUACACAGCUUGAUGUGGAGCAAAGAUUCCAUUGUUUGGAUGUCUGGAUGAAAUAUGAAGUUCCGUGUUCAAUCUAAUUUGACCUCAUUCGUUUUCUCAGCUUGAAAUCAGCUCCUUUUCGGCUCGCACGCCGUCGCCGACUCGCCGCCAUUCCUGCAAAACGCGACGUAGCCAUGGGAUCCGAUCAACCGCAACCGUCGCUUCAGGUGACGGAUCGGUUCGUGCGGAGGAUGCUGGCGGAGGAGGCAAGCGAGAAGGAGCGGAAGCGAGCGGGGAAGAAAGGGAAAGGGAGGGGGCGCGGGGAGCAUUCCAGGAGGCAAGCAGGAUCAGCGGAAGGAUCAGCGGCAGACGGAGGAAGCAUCUCUUCUGCUCUGCUGCAUGUCCCGCCGCCGCUGCCUGCUACUCUGAAUCCGCUUUUCUUCGGCUCUGCUGUGACGGGUCCUUCUGUGGCUGCUCCGACGGCAGCUGACUCUGCUGUUGCUGCUGGCUCGGGGGUGGGGUUUGCGGCAGAAGCAGAAGCGGCGUACAGAGCGCAGAGGAGAAAGGAGGAGCUGGCGGAUAUUGAGAAGACCUUGGAGCAAGUGAAGUCUUUGCGGGACGACAUUGCUCGUCAGCGGCAGGAGGAGGCUGUCCGUGCCACCCAAAUGGCGCAAGCAUUGCAGGCACAACAGUUCAGACCACCAUCUCGGGUAGUGCCGUGUCAAGCUGAGAGGGAGGAAUGCUUAAGAUGCUACACUCAAAAUCUGAAGAAUCCGCUCUCUUGUUCAAGCGUGGUGAACAAGUUCGUUGAGUGUUCGCGGCAAGCUCAACAGGCAUUUAUGGCUUCUGAAGGGCGACAAUAGAUGCAGAUGCCGUUUCACCACAACAUAUAUACAGGGUGGUACUUUAUCAACAUUGUUUUAAGAAGUCUGCACUGUUUGGUAUGAUUCAGACUGUCACAUUGCUGGGUCGCAGUGUAUCAAGUAUGUAUCGAGCUUGGCUUGAGGGAACCAGUGGGCUUUCGACUUGUGGUGGUGGGGAGACGCAGUGCUAUUGGCUGAGCGUGUGGCGUGUCCUCCGGACACGUGUGAUUCUAAGUGGCAUCUUCCACCGCAGAUGCCGGUGGAGGUUCACCAACAACGGAUCG